CGGUGACGUCACGCCCGCGGGGGCGGGGCGGGGCGGCGCUGCGUGUGACGCCCGCGCGGCGGAGCUGGGAUUAAUGGGAAAAGUUUUGGCAGGAGCCGGAGGAGCCUGCGGGACGGCGGCGGCGGCGGCGGCGCGAGAGGCCGCGACAGUGUUGUGUGGUGUUUUGGGCAUGUACGUGGUACUCACGCAGUGGCUUCUGCUCACCGACAGAUGAGGACAGAUGCGCCAAAGAGGCUGACGGAACUGCCUUGGGGUCCAUCUGCGUCCAGACCCAGAUGAUGCCGGAGCUAUGACCGGGCCUGCAGGCGUGGCGCCGAGGGGAAAUCAGCCAUGGAGCAGCCACCGGAGGAAGCCCCUGAGGUCCGGGAAGAGGAGGAGAAAGAGGAAGUGGCACAGACACAAGGAGCCGCAGAGCUCAAUGGAGAGCCAGAGCACCCGCUUCCCUCCAGCAGCUGCACAGACCUCUCCCGGAGCGCCUCCCCACCCUCGCUGCUGGACCAGCUGCAGACGGGCUGUGACGGGGCCCCGGGCAGCAGCCUCAACAUGGAGUGCCGCGUGUGCGGGGACAGGGCGUCCGGCUUCCACUACGGCGUCCACGCGUGCGAGGGCUGCAAGGGCUUCUUCCGGCGGACGAUCCGCAUGAAGCUGGAAUAUGAGAAGUGUGAGCGGAGCUGCAAGAUCCAGAAGAAGAACCGCAACAAGUGCCAGUACUGCCGCUUCCAGAAGUGCCUGGCCCUGGGCAUGUCACACAACGCCAUCCGCUUUGGCCGGAUGCCAGAGGCCGAGAAGAGGAAGCUGGUGGCAGGGCUGACGGCGAGUGAAGGGGGUCAACACAACCCGCAGGUGGCCGACCUGAAGGCCUUCUCCAAGCACAUCUACAGCGCCUACCUGAAGAACUUCAACAUGACCAAGAAGAAGGCCCGCGGCAUCCUCACCGGCAAGACCAGCCACACCGCGCCCUUUGUGAUCCACGACAUGGAGACGCUGUGGCAGGCGGAGAAGGGCCUGGUGUGGAAGCAGCUGGUGAACGGGCUGCCGCCCUACAAGGAGAUCAGCGUGCACGUCUUCUACCGCUGCCAGUGCACCACGGUGGAGACGGUGCGCGAGCUCACCGAGUUCGCCAAGAGCAUCCCCAGCUUCGGCAGCCUCUUCCUCAACGACCAGGUGACGCUGCUCAAGUACGGCGUGCACGAGGCCAUCUUCGCCAUGCUGGCCUCCAUCGUCAACAAGGACGGGCUGCUGGUGGCCAACGGCACCGGCUUCGUCACCCGCGAGUUCCUGCGCAGCCUCCGCAAGCCCUUCAGCGACAUCAUCGAGCCCAAGUUUGAGUUUGCGGUCAAGUUCAACGCCCUGGAGCUGGACGACAGCGACCUGGCUCUCUUCAUCGCCGCCAUCAUUCUGUGCGGAGACCGGCCGGGCCUCAUGAACGUGCCCCAGGUGGAGGCCAUCCAGGACACCAUCCUGCGUGCCCUGGAGUUCCACCUGCACGCCAACCACCCCGACGCCCAGUACCUCUUCCCCAAGCUGCUGCAGAAGAUGGCCGACCUGCGGCAGCUGGUCACCGAGCACGCCCAGAUGAUGCAGCGGAUCAAGAAGACCGAGACGGAGACCUCACUGCACCCCCUGCUCCAGGAGAUCUACAAGGACAUGUACUGAGGUGCACACCGGGGCCUCCCAGCAGGCCUCGGGGCCGAGAACCAGGGGCAGGGACAGCGCUGGACGGGGCCACAUGGGACUUCCCCGUUGGCCACGGGCGCACUCAACAGGCGCCUGAUCACACUCCUGCGAUCACACCCAUGCCUCACUCCCCAUGGACCCUUCCUCCCUCUCCUCCUCAGUUCCCCUUUCUUCCUUCCUCCCUGGCCCUUCCUCUCCCCAUCCCCACGUCUGUCCCUCUGUCUUCCUGUGAGACAGUUUGUAUUAUCUCACCAGCAGCACAGGACAGGACUUCUGCUUUUGCCCCGCCCCCACGCAGAGGCAGAGGCCUCACCGCCCCGCCCUCGCAGCCAGGCUGGAGCUGCGCAAAGAAACACUAAGCUCCGGGCCGGCUUCCCGGGGAAGCCGAGCAGGACCCGGGCUGUCACCGGGUCCCUGCCCUGCAGGCCAGGAUGCCUCCCUGAGACUGUCACGCACCCCCACCCUGAGGCUGGCAGCCCUGACCCAGCCAACCCCACUUCGGCCACGUACCCCAGCCCCACUCACACCAACAUCCUCUUUGGUCUUUUCACUGGUCACCCGGGCCAGUGUUGCUGAUGGCCCCCUGCGCUGGCCGCUGCGGGGCCUCCGCCAGCCUGGAAGGAGGUGGGUGCCCUGCAGGUGGGGGCCCCACACCCCACAAAGAGGCGAGAGCCUCCAGGCAGGUGCAGGUUGGCGGGGAAGCAGUGAGCAGGCCUCAGGGUUGCCCUCCCCCAGUACCCACCCUCCCCCCCAGCCUGCAGCAGCCUCGCCACCUCCUUCCGGUCGACAUCACAGCCCUUGCCCCUCCCCAGGGCCAGGACUGGCCUCACCCCGAUGACAUCCUGUCUCUAUCGGCCCUGGCACUGGCUCGAGCUCACUGCUACUCAUGCCACUCCCUCCUGGGGCUGCCCCUCCGCUGCACACCACAAGCACUGAUUCACUUUAUCUGCAGGUUCCACACCCUUCUCGAGGCGCUGCGUGCCCAGGGGCCUGCAGGUGGACGGGCAGGCUGGGCCCCUGCUCCAGGGCUGGGCCACAUCCUUGGUCCGCAGGGGCAUCCUGCUGUGUCAGCCCAGCACCCGCUCAUGGGAAGGUGCAGGGAUAACUGGUCCUGCUGAUUGAGACACCCAUCUGUCCCCACAGCUCUGCUCCCCUCCCUCCGUCUUCAGCCAGCUGGUCUCCAGGAGCGCCCUGCACAGCCCCUGGUGCCCGGCCCCUCCCUUCCCCUCCGCAGGGGCACUCCGCGCCCACCUGCUGCAGACAGGGCUGAGGCUCCACUGGCGAGCUGUCUGAGGAGGGGGCCAGAGGCCAAGGCUGCUGCCAGGGAGGAGGCUGGCAGGGUCUCAGAGCCUGGUGCAGAGCCCAGGCUCCUGGUCCGUCUGCUCCUCCGGGUGGGGCCUUGCGGUCCGGCCGCAGCUCUGGGAGGAAACGCCCUGGAGAGGACACGCCAGUGGCCGUCCUGCCGCGCUGUGCCUUCCGUGCCCAGGACCACUCCCUGCGGCUGCCCUCCCAUCCUCCCCACGCUGACCGGGGCCAGCACUGUGAGGGAGAGGCUGUGCCCGCCCGCUCCCCGCUCUCGUGCUGAGAAGACGGCUCUUCUCUGUGACUGAACAAUCUCCAAAAUGGAAAUGUAUAUUUUUGCUAGGAGCCCCCGUUUCCUGUGUUUUUAAUAUAAAUAGUGUACACAGACGGAUGAACUUUAAAUAAAUGGGAAUUAAGUAUUUAA